AUGUCUCACGGACCAUCUUCUUCUUCUGCUAAUACGAGCAGUAAAAGUAAAAAGUCAUUGGAAGACUAUAAAGCUCCAUAUCCCAAACCCACACCCGAUCAACGACGUUAUGUUAUCUUUCUUGAAGAUCAUGGUAGAGAAGAAUCCUCACAAUAUCGUCUACAACUCAUCCCAGGCCGUGUGGAAAUGGUAGAUGGGGUCAAUCUACAGUUUAUCUCUGGCGAAGUAAAAGAAAUGACCAUUGAUGGUUGGGGAUAUCCCUAUUAUGUAGUAAAGGCGGGUGUAAUGGCAACUACUCUAAUGGCUCCAUUAACCGAUACUCCACCGGUAUCACAAUUUGUGCCUUUAAGUGAUCAACCAAUGAUUCGAUACAACAGUAAACUACCAGUGGUGGUGUAUACACCAAAGGAUGUGGAAUUACGUUAUCGUAUAUGGGCACCAACAGCACCAAAUGAGGAAAUUGCAACGGAAGUGUAA